UGCUGCCCUUUCCGCUUUCCCGGUGUUUUGAUGAGCAGAAAAACUCUAAACUUGCAAUGAAUUUGAAACAAAGAGGAUACUGUGUCGGUUUCCUCCUCAUUUACACCAUCACAACAAUAAUUUUACCCACAGGGAGCAGGUGUGCCGUUCAUUUACCACGACCUGACUCAAGUUUGGCUUCCCAUCAUGACACAGACAGCUUUCUAAAGACCAAAAGCCUCAGAAAGCUGCUGAACUUCGACUCCAGGCUGAAGGAAUCGUUGGUGGAUCCUAAAAACGCCCUCAUUAGAGACAGGGCCAAGACUGAAAGCUCAAAGGCGAUGUCUGAACUACCAUUUAAGUCCAAAACGGCGCAGACUUUAACAAACAAAAGCUUCAGAAACCGAAAUAAAGCGGAGAAAAAAAUAGGAAAGUGGAUGGAUUCUCCAAAUGAAGACUGCAACGAGGGGAAAAUUCAACAUAUCAUCCGUGGAAAGUUCACCAUCACAGGUCAACUAACAACAAACAUUCCUACUGUAGGAUACCAGUCAGAUUCUGCUCUUUCAGUCCAGGCCAAGGAAGACCAGCAGAAGGUUAAAGUUCAGCAGACCAGAGGCUCAGAGGAAAUCUGGCUGAGGCUGCAGCCUGAGGUGGAGUGUGGAGACGAAGCGAUGACCCUCACGGUGAGGAGGAGACGAGCCGUCCAGCUGCUGCUCCACCGAGAUAAUGAUUCGUCAGUCCCGUUGUCCCAGCUGCCCCCUCAGUGUGGUUACUCUGUGCAAACGUCAUGGAAAGAUCUCAGUCUGAUGGCUAAAUAUGACGCCUGCCACGUCACACAGGAGGAUGACCACUACGUGCUGCCUCUGCUCUGGAGAGGAACUCCAGUGAAGAUGUCAUGCCCGUCCUCUCCGAUCAAGUCUCAGGUCACAGGUCUGCCCUUUCUCUGCUGCUCCCCCUACAGUCUGACUGUGAAAGUGCAGGGACUGACUGACACAGAGGGGCUGAGGGUGAAUGUCAGAGGAGAGUGGACUCCUCUGGUGAUGCUGGCUGAGCAGUGUGGCUACACUCUGGACCAACAUGAUGACGAGAUCAUCAUUGCUGCUCCGUAUUUAUCAUGUGGAAUCACUGUGAAGGAUGGAAAACACAGACUUCCUCUUCAAAUAGGAGAGAAGAUGUUCACUCUGGCUUGCCCUAUCUCUCAAACACCAAUCCUUCAGCCUCUAUUUGACAUCCCUAAGCAGCAAACAGAGCAGCCAGAGUCUCAGCAGCCUCGUGCAUGGGCUCCACCGUUCUAUCUGGCCCCACCUUUCUACCCCCAUCCUACGUAUCAUUAUACAAAUCCCCCUAGUGAUGCAAAACACCCUCCUACUCCUUCAUCUCCUGCUGCCCAGACUACAUUCAGCACACAGCCUCCACCUUCUGCUGACUACCAGGCUUACUACUCCCACCAGACCCAUUUAAAGCCUUAUUUUCACAGUUUUGGUGCCCACAUUUCUCCACCAGCUACAGACCGUGAGGAGGAUUCAAGGAAUGAGCAUCCAUAUGUGCAGAAAAAGCAAGAAAUGCAGGCUGAGAUGCACACUGCUGGAGAUUUUCUCCCCUCAGAGACCCACCAUCCGACGUCUGAUGCACCUCCUCUGCAGCCGCUGAGCUAUGGAGCCUUUAGUCCAUACUACCACUACUACCACCAUCCUAAAAUCCCUCUACCAGGCCCUACCAAAGACCCUGAUCCAGGUCCUGAUGAGCCAAAGGAACCACCUCAUCCUGAUUUUGCACCAUCUCCACGCAGUGUCAAGCCAUUUGAGGCUUCUCCUCUUCCUUCAACCCCUUCAGAAAGCCCUGAAUUCACUUAUAAAACCUCUGAACAUCAUCCUCCUCAUCCUCUGCCAUAUCCCUACUACUACUUCUAUUACUUCCCACAUAUUGCCAAAGAUGAGGCCAGAUUAUCAGCUCCUCUUAGCCCAAAAAAAGAUGAUCGGAGCUCAAAAUCAGGUAGUUUUCUUCUUGAAAACAAAUUGAAUCCUAACAAAGACAAUCCAAAUCCUAAUGAAAUGAUGCAGUUUGGAAGUAAAAGUGCAGAAGUGCAUGAGAAAAAAGAAGAAAAUGUCGAUGUAAACAACAAAGAUGUAGCCACCAACUCUACUAGUUAUGCAGCUGCUCCCUCACCCAACCACUAUCCCCCUUUUUAUCCAUUCUACCUCCAUCCCUAUUACUUCUACCAGCUGGUUUAUGGAGCGGAGAAUUCACCCAGCAGUCACAGUCAUGAGCCACCAACUUCACCCAAACAAGACUUGGGCCCCAUACAUAAAUCUACCUCCUCCCCACCUCUGCAAACUUCUAAUCCAACCACUCCUCCACCCACGAAACCAUUGCACAACAUUCACAAUGUGCACCAACAUCCGUAUUACUACUACAACCUCUACGAUCAGCCUGAAGUAUCUGCAAAUGAAUAUGAACCGAAUCCUGCAGGGGAAGUUGACUCAAUGUCAAGAUCUCUGCCAUCAUCUGACUACAGUGGUAUGGGUGCAUCACUUCCCAGCAUGCAUCAGCCACCGUACGCCUAUCAUCUCAUUCAGCAGCAUCCAUAUUCUGCUCUUGGGCAUUCUGAUGAAGACGAGGUGCUGGAUGAUGAAAUGAGAGAUCAGCUAAAGAUGGACUUGUACAACCCCUCCACCUCACCAUGUGACCACGACCGGGAGUCAGACCUCGUCUGCAACUCCUCUUUGGGCUGCUGCUGGUACCCUAUGAACGACUGCACACUAGGACAGUAUUUCCUCUUUCUUGUGCCUGACUCUGAAAUGGAGCCUUCAGCUGUCUCUCCUGUUCCCCUUUCUGAGGUGUUUGAUCAAACAUCUGCUCAUCCAUCAGAAGAUCAUGGACUCCACUGUCUUCAUCAAGACCACAGAGCUGAGAGUGAGGACUCUCUGAUCAGAUCCUUCCAGUGACAAGAGAAAGAGAAAAUGCAAUAAAGAUACUCUAUUACACAGCUGUA